UCCAUGGGGCACCUUUCCCAUCAAGGUGUUAAACGUUCAAGCUUAAGAUUACCAUGUCUGACCAUGCCAAAAACAGGUUGUCUGGCCGGCUCUGAGUCUCCUGGUGAAGUCACAAAGGAGCUUGCUCUGUGAAGUAUGGGACUUUCGAUGAGAUCACAAUGGGUGUUCGGACCCAAAGGAAAACAUGAAAGUCACCUGACAGCGUGGUGCCCAGCCAACCAGCUAUACGAAUUUUGAAGAUUUUUUAAGAACUUAGCCUCCAGAACAGCCUUCUUCAUAAAGUGAAAAGGGGCAGUGGCAACAGCGGAUGAGUUUCAAGGAAUCCCUUUCUUGCCAAGGGGCAGAGUUAAUUAUAUUUGGAACCCGUGACAACUCAUAAUGGGGAGAAGCUUCUAAGUGAGGAGAAACGAACUUCAGGUCAUGAAAAUAUGGAGAACAAAUGGUUUUUGUUGAUGGUUCGAGAUGACUUCAAAGGUGGAAAAAUUACCCUAGAGAAAGCUCUGAAAUUACUUGAAAAAUUAGAUAUACGGUGCAAUACUAUACAUGUGAAAUAUAUUUUUAAGGAUAAUGACAGGCUGCAACAAGGAAGAAUCACCAUAGAAGAAUUUAGAACAAUUUAUCGAAUUAUUACAUACAGAGAAGAAAUUGUUGAGAUUUUCAACACGUAUUCUGAAAACCGGAAAAUUCUUUUAGAAAAGAACCUGGUCCAAUUUUUGAUGCGAGAGCAGUAUACACUUGACUUCAGUGAAAGUAUUGCUUCUGAGAUCAUUCAGAAAUAUGAGCCUAUUGAAGAAGUUAAACAAGCACACCAGAUGUCAUUUGAAGGUUUUAGAAGAUACAUGGAUUCAUCUGAAUGUCUGAUAUUUAAUAAUGAGUAUGGUCAUGUUUACCAAGAUAUGACUCAUCCAUUGACUGAUUAUUUUAUUUCAAGUUCACAUAAUACAUACUUGAUAUCUGACCAAUUAUGGGGACCAAGUGACCUUUGGGGAUAUGUAAGUGCCCUUGUGAAAGGAUGCCGCUGUCUGGAAAUUGACUGCUGGGAUGGAUCACAAAAUGAACCUAUUGUAUACCAUGGCUAUACAUUCACCAGCAAGCUUCUGUUUAAAACUGUUAUCCAAGCGAUACACAAAUACGCAUUCCUAGCAUCUGAGUACCCAGUGGUGCUGUCUUUAGAAAAUCACUGCUCCCCUUCCCAACAAGAAGUGAUGGCCGACAGUUUGCUCGCUACUUUUGGGGAUGCCUUGCUGUCAUAUACACUUGAUAAUUUUUCAGACAGACUACCUUCACCAGAGGCAUUAAAAUUCAAAAUAUUAGUUAGAAACAAGAAAAUAGGAACCUUACGUGAAACCCUUGAAAGGAGAGGUUCUGAUAUGCAUGGGCAGGUAGAGGAAUAUGAAGAAGAGGAGGAGGUGGAACAAGAGGAGGAUGGAAGUGGUGCCAAAGAACCAGAACCAGUGGGUGAUUUUCAAGAUGAUUUGGAAAAAGAAGAACAGUCGAAACGGGUGGUCAGAAUCCCACUCUUCAGGAAAAAGAAGAUAAAAAUAUCUAUGGCCCUAUCUGAUCUUGUCAUUUAUACUAAAGUUGAGAAGUUCAAAAGUUUUCAUCAUUCAAAUUUAUAUCAACAAUUUAAUGAAAGCAACUCUAUUGGGGAGUCCCAAGCCCGAAAACUUACAAAGUUGGCAGCCAGGGAAUUUAUUCUUCACACCAGGAAGUUCAUUACCAGAGUAUAUCCCAAAGCAAUAAGAGCUGACUCUUCUAAUUUUAAUCCUCAAGAAUUUUGGAAUGUAGGUUGUCAAAUGGUGGCUUUAAAUUUCCAGACCCCUGGUCUCCCUAUGGAUCUUCAAAAUGGGAAAUUUUUGGAUAAUGGUUGUUCUGGAUAUGUUUUAAAACCACGCUUCCUAAGAGAUAAAAAAACAAAGUUUAAUCCACAAGGCUGUGAUACAGUUUGUUCUGCUGAAUUCUUGAAUUUACUGAUUUUUGUGCAGCUUAUCAGUGGUAUCCAGUUGCCUCCCAGUUAUCAAAACAAAGCUGAUACCCUAGUGAUUGUAGAAAUUUUUGGGGUUCCAAACGACCAAAUGAAGCAGCAGAGUCGUGUAAUUAAAAAAAAUGCUUUUAAUCCAAGAUGGAAUGAAACAUUCACAUUUGUUAUUCAGGUGCCAGAAUUAGCAUUGAUUCGUUUUGUUGCUGAAAAUCAGGGUUUCAUAGCUGGAAAUGAAUUUCUUGGACAAUAUACUUUACCAGUUCUAUGCAUGAACAGAGGUUACCGUCGUGUUCCUCUGUUUUCCAAACUGGGUGAGAGUCUUGAGCCCGCUUCCCUUUUUAUUUAUGUUUGGUACAUCAGAUAGCCACUCAUGGUAUUUGACAUAGCAUUAGCUUACACAUUGCAAUAAAACAGUCUAGAAUGAA